AUGGGCACGCGCAAUGAAGGUCGUAUUAAUCUCCAAGAACAAAUUAAAAUUUGUCGACGGCUUCUUUCUUCAACCGGCAUUACACAUGUUCUUCACAAUCCAUGGGUUCGCUGCAACAAUAUGACGCUCUCUUGGUUGCAAUGCUCGAUUUUAGAAAGUAUCGCUCAUUCAAUUCUUUGGAUCGACAAUGCACACACAGUUUGGAAAAUUUUGGAAAAUCAAUUCUCUCAAGGUGACAUUUUCAAAAUUUCAGAUAUCCAAGAUGAUCUCACAAGACUUCAGCAAGGUAACCUCGACAUUAUCAACUAUUUCACCAAAUUAACCUCUUUAUGGGAACAAAUCGAUUCGUUUAGACCCACUCGCGACUGCGUCUGUGCAAUUCAAUGCACUUGUGGAGAUACUACUGACCUUAGAAAAUAUAAGAAUCAAGAUCGAGUCAUAAAAUUUCUCAAUGGUUUGAACGAACAAUUUUCCAAUGUUCGUUCUCAAAUCAUGCUUCUUGAGCCCCUCCCCUCUUUGGAUAAAACAUUUUCUUUAGUUCUUGGUCAAGAACGACAACUUAAUGUUCAAGCAUCCUCUAAUUCUGCCCCUGAAAAUCAAGCUAUGGCCAUGCAAGUUCAAAAUAAUCACUAUAAUGGAGGAGGAAGGGGCACCAAUAAUUCUAAUAAUCGAGGUAAAGGACACAAUAAUUCUGCGUUUGGUCGUGGUCCAUAUCAGAAUUCUAAUCGAAUUUGUACUCAUUGUGGUCGAACAAACCACACAGUGGAAACAUGUUUUCUAAAACAUGGUUAUCCACCUGGAUUUCAACAACGACAUUCUCGAGCAGCCUUUAAUACUGCAACUGCUUCAGAUUCUCAAGAUUCCUCUCCAGUUGAUCAAGAGAGCACUGACGCAUCUCUUACUAUUAUUCAAGAUCAGUAUAAUCAGAUUCUUCAACUUCUCCAAAAUAAUCUUAAAGUUUCUUCAUCUACAACAUCGAUUCAGCUUCAACUAAUACUGUUGUUGUUCAAAAUAAUCCUCUCAAUUCAAUUUCCUCUCCACUUGGUAAACAAGUUAUCUAUUGGGUAA